AUGAGCAAUGACAUUAUAAGCGUAUUUGUUACCAGCUUUGAUGUGAAAAAGGGAAAUGAAUUACUAUGGAAUGAAAAUCUACAAAAUGAAAACCAAAUAGGGAAUGAAAUCGUCGACUUAACAAAUAUUGAAUUUAAGACUUUGCCAUCGGGCUUACAUGAAGCUAAGGACUUAGACGUGGUACAGUUUAUUGUUCCAAAGAAAAACACAAAAACUUUUAAUGAACAUUUUCAAGGUAUUUCUGUUUUUAAAUCAAACGCAUCUGAAUGUGCCGCAAAAAGUUAUUCUACACAUGUGGACAGAAGUUUGCUGGAAAUGUACAGUUUAGGCAUUGCUCUCAGGACAUCAGCUACUGAUCCAUAUUCCUAUGUUGGUAUUUUAAAAGAAUUGAUACAAACAAUUGACAUCAAAGCUCGUAAUUUUGGGAAUUUGAGAGACUGCUUAGUUAAAUUUAAACUUACACCAGAUAAUCAAACCAAAAGGUAUUUACCCACGGGUCUAUUUAAGGAUUUAGGGCCAUUAAUUUUUCCUCUUUGGAAAGCGUGCUUGUUAAAUGAAAGAAUAAUAAUCAUAAAUGAGGAUUAUGCUUAUUCCUUUGAUGAUUUAAGUACUUUGGUGUAUUAUUUGUUCACCAUUUCUAAUGGGCUAGAAGAACCAUUUUACAACAUUGGUUUACAUGAUAUGAGUUACUUGGAAAACAAAUAUAUUUCUGAAGAGUAUAAUGGAAAUGACAAUGGUGAGGUUAAAGGUUAUGUAGCUUCAACUGGUGAUUCAAUUGUAAAAGAAUGGACAAUACCGUUAUAUGAUAAAUUACUAGUUUUAAAAAAAAACGAGAUAGGAAUGUACAAUUAUUAUCAGAAAAGAAUACAAGUUACACCAUUGGAUUUAUGGAAAAUGAGAGGAAGUAAAAUUAAUCCCCAUAAUGUAGAAAAUAGAAGCUGGUUUCAGUUUUUUAUUGAUAAUCUGUACCUUAUUUUGAGUCUGGGUACCAUUGCUCCACCGUAUCAACAAAAAUUUUUAAAGACAGGGUUUGAUAGAUCUACUGGCAAUGAAAGUGAAGAUAGUGGUCUGCUCAACUACGAGGGAGGCAUAGAACCUCCUAUUGAUAUGGAUAUCUUUAGAACCCGUACAGAAAAGGUAUUGAAUUGUAUCAAUGAAUUUUUGCAAAGAGAUGAGUCCAGUGUUGCUAGUAAGAACAUAAUACUGUCAAGUGAAUUAAUGAAACUAGGACUCGAUGGGUUUAGUAAUCAAGAUAUAGAUUUUGUUAAAAGGUUGGCAAAUAAAAUAGACAAUACUAAAAAUGUUAGUGUCAAAUGGUUUGAUACCAAGCUUUUCUUAUAA